AUGGGAGACAAGCCAACUUGGGAGCAGAUUGGAUCCAGCUUUAUUCAGCAUUACUAUCAAUUUGAUAACGACAGAACCCAACUAGGUGCAAUUUACAUUGAUGCGUCAUGCCUUACCUGGGAAGGACAGCAAUUCCAAGGCAAAGCUGCCAUUGUGGAGAAGCUAUCUAGCCUUCCGUUCCAGAAAAUUCAGCCUAGCAUCACGGCGCAGGACCAUCAGCCUACAUCAGAUAGCUGCAUCAUCAGCAUGGUUGUAGGCCAGCUCAAGGCUGAUGAAGAUGCCAUCAUGGGUUUCCACCAGAUGUUUCUAUUACAGAACAUCAACGAUGCUUGGGUUUGCACCAAUGACAUGUUCAGGCUUGCCCUGAACAACUUCAGCUGA